CAUGGGAAACUUUUUAGAUCCGCGCAUGGCAUUUAUUUUUGGUACGUUCGUUGCGAUAGGAGUUCGUUUGAUUCGGCUCCCCCGCUCUUUGAUUGGUUUAAUUACUACCUAGUAAGUACCGAGAGAGCUCGUGCCGGCACUACUCCGGUACCUCCGAAUUUACACGUAUAGUCUUAAAGCGCAGCUCUACAUGACUUCAGUUGCAUGCGCAGUGUUUUCACGAGUUGGAUUAUAAGUUGAAAACUAAUGACAAACGUUUGGUUCUCCAACAUGACCAUUGACAAUGAGGGUGUGUACAAGAAAGCAGGAUGGGGCAGGAGUCAGUACGCGGUGGUCUUCGUGUGUUCCCUUCUAUUCAUGGGGAUGGGGAUCGGGAUAGGCUAUGCAGUCGGCAGGAACAAUUCCAACUCCAACAUUCCACAGGCAGGCGACACCGCCCAGGAGACGGCGACAAAACCCCCCAGAUCUCCUCAUCCUAUAGAUACCAUCCUCAGUAGUAUCAACAAGGAUAACAUCAAACAAAACUUAUGGAAAUAUACAAGUCGUCCGCGCAUGUCCGGAACCCCGGGCGGAUACGAGUUGGUGCAGAUAUUACAGGAAGCGUGGAGGUCAUCCGGUAUCGAUGAGGUCAGGGUCACUCCUUAUGACGUAUUGAUGUCGUACCCCAACAGGACGAAUCCAAACCGGGUUCAACUUUUGACGUCAUCAGGACAGUUGAUUUUCCAGUCUGCUUUAUUUGAGCCUGCUCUGGACAGUCUCAGUAAUAACUCUGAAAUCAUUCCACCGUUCAAUGCCUACGCUGCGGCAGGAAUCAGCGAGGGCGAUUUGGUGUAUGUCAACUAUGGUAGGAUAGAAGAUUUCUUAUACCUCACCCAGAACAUGUCCAUUGAUCUGAAGGGGAAGACCUUAAUUGCUCGAUACGGCAAGAUCUUUAGGGGUGACAAGGUGAAGAAUGCACAGCGGUUUAACGCGUCAGGGAUUAUUAUGUACACCGACCCAUCGGAUUUCAAUAGAGGAAACUCGACCUACCCAGACUCUUGGUGGAUGCCACCCUCGGGGCUACAGAGAGGAACGGUGGGGGGUGACGGAGACCCCCUCACUCCUCUCUACCCAGCCACAGACUACGCAUACAGAGUAAAAGAGUCCGAUGUCUCCGGAAUAAAGAUUCCUGCUCAGCCCAUUAGUUAUGGCGACGCCCAACACUUUUUAAGCGAGAUGGGUGGAGAAAAGGCGCCAUUGGAAUGGAGAGGGGCGUUACCUAUCACCUACAGAAUAGGACCAGGCUUCCGAAACUCCUCUCUAAAGAUAAGACUAGAAGUGAACAACUUUGAAGAGAAGAGAACUGUCGAAAAUGUGAUAGGCUACAUUAAAGGCAAAACGGAACCAGACCGGUAUAUUCUCCUUGGCAACCACCACGACGCCUGGGUAUUUGGCGCCAUUGACCCUCUCUCUGGUACAGCGGUCCUGACAGAACUUAUCAGGGUUUUCGGAGAAAUGCUGAAAUCCGGAACCCGCCCCGACCGUACGAUAGUUUUCUGUGCCUGGGGAGCCGAGGAGCAUGGCUUGAUCGGUUCUACUGAGUGGGUCGAGGAGUACAUGAAGGUGCUGUAUGAGCGGGCCGUGGCCUACCUUAAUGUAGACUAUGCGGUAGACUACAACUAUGUGCUGUUUGCAGGGACGUCCCCUCUCCUACAGGAUUCUCUGUACCAGGCCACAAAACUAGUUCCCAAUCCCGACACAAGCAGCUCAGAUAAGACGCUUUACGAUGCUUGGAAAACCAGAGAUAAUUCGAACGACCUUGAACCUAGUGUGUAUUACUCCCUGGGGUCGGGCAGUGAUAUGGCCACGUUUUACCAGAGAGCAGGUGUACCCUCUAUAGACAUGUGGUUCACGUACGACGAAAACAAAUGGGACAUUUUGUCGUACCCAGUGUAUCACUCGGCGUAUGAGACCGUUUACCUGUACGAAAACUUCAUAGACCCCGGCUACUCAUAUACAGCAACAAUGGCCAAGCUAUGGGGAGUACUGGCUUGGAAUAUUGCAAACGAAAAAGUUCUCAAAUUCGAUGUCAGAAGAUAUGCAACAGCAAUUAAUAAAUUCAUAGGAAAUUUAAAGACGGAGUUCGGUGCACAAUGGACAAAGCAAAAUGUGAACAUAGGUGCGCUUGAGUCUGCGGCGCAGAAUCUAACAACGGAAGCAGAAAAUUUUCAUCAAAAAGUGCAGAGUUUGCACGCGACAAGCUCGGCAGCAAACGUCCUACAGAAAAGGAUGAUAAACGAUAAGUUGAUACAGUUCGAGCGAGCUUUCAUUGACUGUGAGGGACUUCCAGGCCGACCAAUGUACAAACACGUUAUGUUUGCUCCCAGUCUUUACGACUCUUACUCCGAUAAUAGUUUCCCGGGCAUUGUUGACACUAUGAACGAGAUUGAAAAUCAGAAUGCCACGGCAAAGUGGGAAGUUUUAAAGCAGCAGGUAUCCAUCGCUACUUUUAUUAUACAGUCCGCAGCAAACACGUUAAAAGAAGUAGGAUUAUGAAGUUAAAAAUUCUUGUACAUAAUUUAUUCUCAAUUCAUAAUUAUGUUCAAAUCUAGAAUUUAUUUUUAUUGACUUAUCAAUUAUUUAUUAAAUUUUGUAUUUCUUGUAUUUAAAGCCUUUUAAUUCCAAUCAACAUACCUCUUUAUAUAAAUUAGAUGUGUACAAGAGGAAGUGAAAUUAAUUUGUGUUUUUGUUAAGCAUAGUUAAUUUCAAAUACAAUUAAAAUUACAUAUCGUAAGUUUUUGAAAGCAUAAAUGUACAUGUCAAAAAAAAGCGUAUGUACUUUGUUAUGAUUGUUGUUUUUUUCUAUCUUAAUUCCUCAAGUUUAUAUCAAUUAUGUUGAUGAGGGACGUUUUAAAAACACAUAAAAACCAUGCAUGAUAAGUAGGCGUUAAUUUAUAUAAUCACAAUUAUAUAUUAUAUCAUAUCAACUUCUUCAUUUUUGAAAUAAUAUGUCAUUUAUGUUAAAGGUCCGGGAAGUGUCGAUUAUUGUUAAUUCCUAAUUAAACACGUUAUUGAUAUUUGCGUACAUGUAUAUUCGCUAGAAGCACCUCUGGCGGAGUUUGAAAAUUUGUUUUUAAUUUUUGGAGAGUU